UGAAGUUGUCAAGCAAAUCAAAGAAUUUUUGUUUUCACGACUUUGUUCCUACACAAGAAUGUCGCUGUUUUGCAUAAAAAAGAUCUUUCUGAGUUGUGGAGGACGAGAAUGUAUAUAAUUACAAUAAAUAAAGGUGACGUUGCAUAUCUAACAAAGCCUUUAUGCCUUUCGCGUGGAGUACACUUCAUAACUCUGACGACAUGGAGGGAGAAACAACACAGGCGACUGGGUUUUCUUCAUAUGGCUCAACUCAUACUGUUAAAAAUACCGACUAUAGACUCGUCAUACCCAGUCAAGUGUUUACAAAACAACUAGAGAUUAAACAUGCUAAUCUUAUUAAAUUUAACCUGCGCAACAAAGUAAAGACGACCAAAUAUACAAUUUGGAAUUUUUUGCCAAAGAACCUAUUCGAGCAGUUUCAUCGUUUUGCGAACAUAUAUUUUUUGGUAAUCGCUAUUUUGAACUGGGUUCCUGCCAUAAAAGCCUUUGCAAGAGAAAUAACAAUGAUCCCAUUGCUAUUUGUGCUUUGUGUAACUUUGGUAAAAGACUUAUUUGAAGAUGGCAGAAGAAGAAGAUCAGAUAAAAAGGUUAAUAACAGAGAAAGUUUGGUAUAUAAUAGCUCCACUAACAGUUAUGUUAAGACAAAAUGGCGUUAUGUUCGACCUGGUGAUAUUGUCAAAAUAUCAAAUAAUGAAAUUAUUCCUGCUGAUAUUUUACUGUUGAGUUCAAGUGAUCCAAAUAAUAUUUGCCAUAUUGAAACAGCUAAUCUUGAUGGUGAAACUAAUCUUAAGCAAAGGGAAGUAGCUAGAAAUAUUAAUCAGGGAGAUGAAAGCAAUAAUGCCACAAAUUUUAGCUCAUUUAUUUAUUGUGAAAAACCAAACAGUAAAAUAUAUCAAUUUAAUGGAUAUAUGGAUUUAAAUGGCAAUUGUAUUCCAAUUGGAACAAACAAUCUUCUUUUAAGAGGAUGUGUGAUUCGUAACACAGAUACUGUUGAAGGGAUUGUUGUUUAUGCAGGUCAUGAUACUAAAGCAAUGCAAAACAACAGUGGACCAAGAAGCAAACGCAGUAAACUAGAGCGAGACAUUAACACAGAUGUUUUAGUUUGUGUAGUUAUAUUAAUAUCCUUGUGUGUGAUUUGUGCCAUAGGCAAUGGAUUUUGGACUGCAAAUAAUGAAGUUUUUGAUCAUCAAUAUACUCCUGAGUUAGACGUUAACAAUGAAGAUGUGAUCCAGCGAGAACCUGCUUUGGAGGCCUUUGUUAGAUUUUGGACAUAUAUUAUAGUUUUUCAGGUAUUGAUUCCAAUAUCAUUAUACGUAACCGUUGAAAUUGUAAAGCUUGGUCAAUGUUAUUUCAUUAGAAAUGAUAUCGAAUUGUAUUUCGAAGAAAAAAAUCAACCAGCAGUAUGUACAGCCUUAAACAUUAAUGAAGAUCUUGGGCAAAUCAAAUAUAUCUUCUCUGAUAAAACCGGCACAUUAACAGAAAAUAAAAUGGUUUUUCGGCGUUGUACUAUCAAUGGAAAGGACUACGCUCACGCAACAAGACGCAGCUCUCAAGAAGAAGCAUCCUCACAUUUACCCGUGGACGUGGAUGAAAUUGAUGCUUCAAAAUCUUCCUGGGAUGACGAACUUGCAGAAAAAAUAAACAAUGAGUCAAACGACGAGGUUUUCAUUCCAAUUAAAGAAUUUUUUACAUUGCUUGCAAUAUGCAACACUGUUGUUGUGUCGUCACAUGCAAACCACGCCAACGGCGAGUCUAACGGCAAUCUUAAUGAUAGUCAAGAUGGACAAUUAAACCACGUUGUCGAUGGUGUUAUAAAUGAAAUGUAUGGACCACGAGAAAACUCUACGAAUGUAAAACCUGUCGCAAAGCAAGAAAAUCUAGAUGUAAAGUCGUUGAAAUACGAAGCUGAGUCACCUGAUGAAGCUGCACUUGUAAAGUCCGCUAAAAUGUACGGUUAUAAGUUGUUGUCACGUGGUUCAGAGACUGUUUCUAUUGAAGUGCCCGGUGAAGAUGUUGUACAAUUUGAGCUUCUACAUGUACUCGUGUUUGACUCCAUUAGAAAGAGAAUGUCUGUGAUAGUUCGUCGUAAGACUGAUGGAAAGAUCAUCAUGUAUUGUAAAGGUGCUGACACAGCAGUUAUACCUCAAUUAUCGAGACUGAGUAAAUCGCAGAAAAUUACUGAUACCAGAGAUAGACUAGAUGGAAAGGAUAGUGAUACUUUAACUGAAAUAUCUUUGGUUGAAAGCACCGAAACUCACCUUAAUAUAUACGCUAGAGAAGGACUCAGGACCCUAUGUAUGGCAAGAAAGGAAUUGACCGAAAAUGAAUAUGAUGAUUGGCUAUCGGAGCAUAAGAAAGCUGAAUUAUCUAUACACAACCGCGAUGAAUUGUUACAGGAAUCCUAUUCUCGAAUGGAAUGUGAUAUGGAGUUACUUGGUGCUACAGGGAUAGAAGAUAGGUUACAGGAUGGUGUACCUGAUGCUAUAGCAACAUUACGUAAUGCUGGAAUUAAAGUUUGGGUUCUUACUGGGGAUAAACAGGAAACUGCGAUAAACAUUGCUCAUUCUUGUCGUCUUCUUGAUGAUCAUAUGGACAAAAUUACUUUGAAUGCUUCGUCACAGGAAUCGUGUAGUGAGCAAAUCUCUGCUUGGUUAGAAAAAGUGGGCAGCUCAGCUGGUCGUGGCAACGAACAAAUUGAAUCAAGUAAACAAAAAACAUUUGGAUUAGUCAUCGAUGGACAGACAUUGCAAUUUGCUUUGACUGAACCUCUUGAUUUGGAAUUUCUUCGUUUGGCAAAAUCAUGUGAAGUUGUAGUUUGUUGUCGUGCUGCCCCAGCUCAAAAGGCUUCUGUGGUGCGUCUUGUACGAGAAGAACUAGGUGUAAUGACAUUGGCUAUUGGAGAUGGUGCUAAUGACGUCAGUAUGAUACAAGUUGCAGACAUUGGUGUUGGUAUUAGCGGUCAAGAAGGCAUGCAAGCUGUUCAAGCGAGCGAUUUUGCUAUUGGAAGAUUUCGGUUUUUAGUACGUUUAUUACUUGUUCAUGGUCACUGGUGUUAUGAUCGUAUAUCCAAACUCAUCCUGUAUUUCUUUUAUAAAAAUAUGAUGUUUGUGAUGGUGCUGUUUUGGUUUCAGUUGUACAAUGGUUUCUCUGGAUCUAAUGCGAUAAAUGAUGUGAACUUAAUUUUCUUUAAUCUCAUCUUUACUUCAUUACCGCCUAUAAUAUCAGGAAUCUGGGACCAAGAUGUUUCUUGUGAUGUUCUUUUGGCCAAACCAUUCCUUUACGCGCAAGGAAGGGAGAGUAUGCUAUAUUCUAGAAAGUGGUUUUGGAUAACAAUGGCAGAUGCUGUGUUUCAAAGUGUUGUAAUUUUUUUCUCGGCCUUUUUGGUUUACUAUGGAACAAAUACUGGUUUGUUUACUGUUGGUAUUACGUUACAUCAAUGUGCUGUUAUUGUUGCCUCACUACAGAUAGCUCUUGAAACAAAUUAUUGGACGGUGAUUCAUGGCGUUGCUCUUGGUCUGAGUGUGCUCAUAUCUUUCGUAUGGUGUAUUAUCUACAAUGUUAUUUCUCCUACAUUUCCUGAUUAUUAUGUUGCUGUUGUAACAAUGGGAACAGCUAAUUUUUGGAUGUUAUGUAUUUUAACUGCGUUCGUGUCGAUGAUUCCACGACUCCUGGCCAGGACUCUUCAACUUUCAAUAUGGCCGACAGACGUUCAAAAAGCUCGUCUGUCCUACACAGAUUCUCCAGUUACUUUAACUUCUAAUCAAGCAAGGAUGGGACAAUUUUCAGCUGAGGAAGGCCGAACGUCAGUUGUAAGAAUCUAAAGCGUUCAUUGGAAAUGACAAACUCGUCGGGAGAGUUGAAAGUUAAAAACUUCCUUGGAGUUAAUUAAUGGGACGGGGGAGACCACAAGAUGACAGAUAAUAAAGAACAAUGCUCUCGCUUUUUCGCAGUAGCGAUAGUUUCAAGAACAAGUUUGAAAUCCUUUAAACCAUCAGUCAACUCAGACUUGUUGUAAAUCUCUAUCAAGAUGAGUCAAAUUGACUUUCCCAUUGAGAGUUAUGUGAUCGUUAUAACAGCGCUGUCGUCUGAUUUCCCUCUCUUACUACAUCGUUUGAUGUUUGCUUUGAAUCGUUUGAGUUGGUCUUUUGAUGUGCAAACAAAUAAAAAGAAAUAUUUGUACCCAGUUGUGCUCAUCUUAAAAAUGCAACUUAGAAAUCUGGAGUUCGGGUCUAAUAUUAAGAUUUCGUUCGCAUUGAAGUUGCUGUAUGUGAAGAAAUGGCAUGAACUAAUUCAAGUUUUGACAUUGAAAGCUGUUUUAUGAAUUGACUUUUUCAACUCAGAAUUUAUGAUUAAUGGAAAAUUAGCAAAGAAAAUUGUUUACACGUUCCUGGAGUAUGCAUUAACCAGGCACAAUUAUAAAAUUUAUUUCACUUGAGCUUUUAAA